AUGGGUGGGAAACCAGGUGCUAUCAACAACAACAGCCAGGCUGCCGCUCCCGAGGACAUUGCCUCGCCCUUCCAGUCGCCUCGCGGCGUUCAGGCGCCCAACCCGUUCAGUCGCAAGAACACGUCGUUGGACCUGGACGACUACUUUGCUGGGCCUCGAGACAUGCAAAAGCAUUCCAAAUGGCCCAUCUUCAUGCAGCUGCACGGCAGUAUCCUGCCCAAGAUAAUCCUCCCCCUCCUCGCUGUCGGGGCGUGGGCCACCGCUGUGACCCUGAUCCACAUGAAAGUGAGCCCCAUCAACAUCUCCAGCAUCCUGCUCACCGUCCUCGGUUUCGUCGUCGGCUUGGGCCUGUCCUUCCGCAGCUCCACGGCAUACGAGCGCUAUGCCGAAGGCCGCCGCUACUUUGCCCAGCUUAUCUUGGCUUCUCAGAACCUGGGCCGCGUCUACUGGGUGCACGCUACCGAGAGACAGGGCGAGCAGGGCCAGAAGGAUCUCCUCGCCAAGCUCACCGCGCUCAACCUGAUCGUGGCCUUCGGCGUUGCGCUGAAGCACAAGCUGCGCUUCGAACCCUACACCUGCUACGACGAUGUCCAGCAUCUCGUGGCCCAUCUCGACACCUUUGCUAAGGCUGCCACGGUGGAUGAGCCCGACAAGGUGCACAAGACGCUCAACCGGAACCCGGGCUUCUUCAAGAGCGUCGGCGAAUACCUCGGCGUGUCCUUUGCCGAGUCCAACCCGCGCAAGGCCCUCAAGCGCGCCGAGCGACCCCUGGGCAACCUUCCCCUGGAGAUUCUGUCCUACCUAGCCGCCUUCACUGAUGAGCUCGUAGCCAACGGACAGCUCCCCGUCUCGAUGCACCAGACCAUGGCGUACAACAACAUCAUGACGCUCAACGACGUGCUGACGGGCACCGACCGCGUGCUCAGCACGCCGCUGCCCAUCGCCUACUCCAUCGCCAUCGCCCAGAUCACCUGGGUGUACGUGAUCCUCCUGCCCUUCCAGCUCCUCGAGCCGCUCAAGGGCUGGAUCGCCAUCCCGGGCACCGUGGCGGCCGCCUACAUCAUCCUCGGCAUCCUCUUCAUCGGCCGCGAGAUCGAGAACCCCUUCGGCCGCGACGUCAACGACCUGCCGCUCGAGACAUUUUGCGCCCAGAUCGCCGCCGACAUGGACGUCAUCGCCAGCCGGCCCAAGCGCAGGAAUGCCGAGUGGAUCGAGUCGACCGAGAACCGCGUGCUGUGGCCCCUCUCCCAGGCGGGCUGGCACACAUGGAUGGACCGCGGCGAGGAGCGUAUCCGCGAGGCCGUCGUGCACAAGGUCGAGGCCACCUUUGAUGGUCUCAAGGGCGUGCAUGACCGGGCCCAUCCCGACGGGAAGGUUGGCGAGCACAAGACCACCUGGGACCAUGUUUGA